AUGUUGACGAAAUUGGAACAGAAGCAGAAACAAGAUGAUACCGUACACGUAUUAGAAGAUUCUAUUCUCCACGAAGCGUCAUUUAAUAUUUCUUCCAAUAUUCAUGCACACUCGUCCGAGCCUAAAUCGUCAGAAAAUAAAGAGAUCGAUGAAUUUCUGGAUCUGAAAAAUAAAGGAAUUAGCGGCGAGAUAAACGACAAAUACCAAGAAAUUUCCGUUACUAAAAGUCACGAAAAAUAUUAUGACGAUCUAUCUAAACAAGAAUUACAGCAACAGAUUGCCGUGACUACUGGAGGUAAUAAUUCAGUUACGCUAGAUAAAAACACAAUGCAAGAUAUGGACAUUUCUAUCAGUGAUUUAUCCUCAGUUCAGCGCAGACCAUAG